AUGGCCUAUUUUCUUCAAGGGAAAAAAAUUGAUAAUUGUGCGGAAGUUGAAAUUUCGAUCCAAGAGUUCUUUGACAGCCAUGGUAUCAGCCUGGGAUCGAGGAAUCGGCUAGCAGAUCGCUAGUCACGGUAGAUAACAAUGGACUAUACUUUGAGUAUUAA